UUAAAGUGCCAUUCUUCCCCUUUUCAUUUUCAUUUUCUUUUCUUUGUUCCUUCUCUUUUCAUAUUCGAUAAAAUAUAUAUAUAUAUAUAUAUAUCCAUAAAAUAAUAGUAAUGACCGAGUCAGAAGCGUCGAAAUUUUCAUCAACAAGAAUCUAUUCAUGGUGCAGUAAUAAUGACGAUGACGACGAAGCAGUUGCAUUGUUGGGUGAUAUCCACAAAGACCAGCUUCAGCCAAAACCUGAAUCGUACUCGGCUCAUUUUUACUGGCUGCUAUCGAGUUUGAUAGCAUUAGUCGGUUGUAAAUUCAUCGGUUUACUCUCGCGUUUGGUAGUGGUUUCUGUUGUGGGACAUUUGGGUGCACACGAACUUGCUGGCAUGUCUCUUGCUCAGAUGCUUGACACUUGCUCCUCCUUAAGUUUUGCCUACGGUAUGAUGUCUGCCUUGGAUACACUCUGUGGACAAUCAUGGACAGGGGCCAAAGACAAGACCCUGAUCGGACUACAUCUUCAACGCGGACUCGCAAUAUAUGCUGUCGUCUUAAUUCCCAUUGGCAUUUUCUGGGUGGUAGCCUUACAGUUGUUGCGGAACGGAGAUACGGAAGAGGAUGUCAUCUACUAUGCAGGCAUGUAUUUGAUAUUUUUUAUACCCGGUGAUCUUUCGUGGACAGUUUAUGAUAUGGUUGCUUCGUACCUCCAAGCGCAGGGCAUCAUGCGUGUAGGCGCAUUCUGCAUAGCAAUGUCAUUACCCGUCACUGUAGCUGUCAAAAAUAUCUUGGUAGCUGGUAAUCCUUUCCAUCUGGGCGUCGCUGGAGCUGCAUUGGCUGAUGCUGCACCAGGCAUUUCAGCACUGGUGAUCAUCAUCAUCUAUACGUGCUUCAUUGCUGGAAGCCAAGGCUGGGGUGGAUGGACAAUUCAGUGCUUACGCGGAUGGGGCUCUAUUAUUCGACUCUGUAUCCCAGCCAUCUGUCUUUCCUUGUUUCAACUGGGUGUCCCACAACUGUGUACCCUUGCCGCAUCUCGCUUCGGGUCAGCAACGUAUCUAGCUGCACAUUUUAUUCUACUGCGCACAUCUCAGACAGUCGUCUCGUCGAUAGGCCGUGGAUUAAAGCAAGCAACGACAACACGGGUCGGUAAUCUCAUUGGCAAAGGAUCUUUGACCGAUAUAAAACGGGCAAUAACCAUCCUCACUUUGAUUGCGUUUGUUUUGGGAAUGACACUUUCCAUCUGCUUGGUGAUCUUUCAAUCAAGUUAUCCAUUUCUCUAUACCAACGACGAAAGCGUUGCCAAAGCAGUCACUGAAGUGCUACCUGUGGUUGCAUUGCAAUUGAUUGUUAUACCUUGGAGCAAUCUUGCCAUGGGCAUUUGUGACGGCCUAGGUCGUCAGCGAAUAGAGGUAGCUGUGUCAUCCGUUUCUUAUUUCGUCAUUGGUUUGCCUCUAUGUUAUUACUUUGCCUUUUCGUUGGGAUGGUCCAUCUUUGGUCUUUGGGUCGGCCUGACAGUAUCUGAGUUGGUGGUUGCCGUAAUUCUUUUUGCACACUUAUGGAUGCUGGAUUGGACUGAAGAGUUGCGGGAGAUCAAGAAAUCGAUCGCAAAGGAACAAGCAACAUAUAGCUGAUAGAUAUGUAGCUUGAAAAUCUGUCAUGGUUACUACUGUAUGUAUGUAGAAGACUGCUGUCUAAAAAUUAAAGCCUAAUAAACCCC